UCAAAGGUUACGUUAGGGUAUCAUGUGUACGCUCGUUCAUUGUAAUAUUUACAGUUUCAAGCUUGCUGUUUCCCAUUGCGUACGUCCUGGUGGUCUGUUUUCAUUGAUACGAUGGCGAAAAAGAAACGUGGUGGGAAGGGGCCUGCCACCAAACCUAGUAUUAAAGAGAAAGAUGAAAAUCUUGAUGGUGUAAAACAGGAUGAAGAAGAUUUCUACUAUGAUGAGAUUGAUAAAUUUCAUGCAAAUAGAGAUAAACUUUUAUUAGAAGAUGAUGGUUCAGAUGAUGAUUCAAAGUAUAGCGAUGAGGAAGAAGUACUUGGAAUAGAAAGUGAUGAUGAUGAUGACAUUGAUGAAGAAGAUGAAUCUGAUGAUGUUGAAAUUGGAAAUAAAGGUAUCACAAGUGAAAGUGCUUGGGGAAAGAGAAAAUCAUCAUUUUAUGGUGCAGACACAUAUGAUGGCUUGGAAGGUUCUGAUAGAGAAGAAGCUGAAAAAGCAGAAGAAGAAGAAGUUCUUUCUAUUCAGAAAAGAUUGGCAGAACAGAUGGAUGAGGAUGAUUUUGGAUUGGAUAUAUUGAAUGUUCCGGAAACUAAAACAGAAGAGCAAUCUGAUGAAGUUCUAAAGGCUCAUGUUGACGCAGAUUUUAGUUCGUUAUCCAAGAAAUCACAAUGGAAACUUGUAAAGAAAGAAUCACCGGAACUUGAUGGAUUGAUUCAUGACUUUAAGACCAAAUUAUCUGAGCUACAGAAUGAAGUUUCACCGCUGAUGAAACUUGUGAAGAAUGGGACGAUACCAAAGGGUCUUGGAUCUGAUUACAUAAGUCUCAAAUACAGAGUCUAUUCUGCAUAUUUACUUAACAUAUCAUUUUAUUUGGCUCUGAAAACCAACAAAACUCAAGUACAGAACCAUCCAAUUGUUUCAAGACUGGUGCAAUACAGAACAGUCAUCAACCAAUUGUCCCCCAUUGAAAAGAAACUACGCCCUGAAAUAGAUGAACUCUUGGAAGAAAACCUUAACAAUAACCUUGAAGAGGAUUCACUUAAAAAUGGCGAAAAGUUGGCAUCUAGUUCUGAAGAAUCUGAUUUUGAGAAAAUUGAUGAAGUGGUAGAAUUUAAAAAACAACGUAAAAGAAAGUCGAACCCCAAGGAAAAUACUGAUGAAUGUGAUGUGCAAGAAUUUUCCAAAUCAAUGUUAGAAAAACUGGCAGAAUCAAAUGAUUCUGAUGAGAGAAUUGCUGACAAUGAUGACGAUGAAACAAAUGGUCGAAGGGCAAUAAAUUAUGAGAUUGCCAAGAACAAAGGACUUCGUCAAAAAAGGCGGAAGAUUGAUCGUAAUCCUCGUGUCAAAAUGAGACAAAAAUACAGGAAAGCAAAGAUACGAAGAAGAGGACAAGUUCGUGAAUAUAGGCCUGAGAUAAAGAAAUAUUCUGGAGAAGCUUCAGGAAUAAGAAUAGGUUUGAGGAAGAGUACAACUCUGCAGUAAGACUAAACUGUGGCCAACUUGUGGAAUCUCCAUAAUAGCUUUCUCAAACGAAUGAUGAAGUGAUGUGAGUUGAUUGUGUUAGUGUUGGUGGCGAUUCCUGGCAGAAGCAUUACAGGAGUGUGGAGUGGAUCAUAUUGACUUUGAGAGUUAUUAUUAGAUUUAUCUGCGUGCUCUGUGAUUCUUUUUGUUGCCAAAAUCUCGUAUGCAAUCUCAAGAAUGUUAAACUUUUUCUAUGGUGAUUAGUGAGGAAGUCUUUAUAAUAUGGUGAAGAUAGGGGUUGAAUUUUAUUACCAGAUAAUGAACUGUAGGAGUUGUAAAAAUCAGUGACCGAAUGUCGAUAAUGUGAACAUUGUAAGUUCUCCAAGUGCAGUGAUUUGAUAUUAACAAACUGGACAAAUACAGACUAAUCAUUUAAUUUUUGUUCCUUUUGACAUUAGGCAACACAUGAGGAGUAAAUGCAUGGCACAUGUUGCACAACUGUGUCUGUAUCAUGUCCAUGUGAAUGUGCUGUUAAUUUUGAGGCAAACAAACUUAUAGAGAUACCUCGAAGGCAAUCAUAUCGAGGGAUAUGGUUAAAAUAUGUCCCGAAGAAUGAAUUGUUUGAAAUGUGUUACAGUUUUAGUAUGAUAUCACAAGUGAGAAACUAAUUUGUUUCUGUUGUAUGGUCAAACCACCCUCGCUGUCGUCUUUCAUUUAAAAUAUUAACUUUAGGAACUCUAUUUGGUCAAAUCUGUUUUUUAUUUGGUGCAAAUUAUCACAAAUCAAAUAUUCAUAAUCGCCUAAUAUAAAAUAAAGGCUAGUUUAAAAUCCGUUGGGUGGAAGAAAAAAAAGUGAUAUGGUCCUUCCAACACAUUCGUUGAAAAUCCAGCUCGAUAUGGACAUCACCUAGAGAUGUUUGAAAAUAUUUACUCAUGAAAAAUGAAUUGUAACCCGAUGAUGUAUUUGUGGAUGGCUAAACUUGGAUUCAUCGUGUUGAUAUGUAAUUGCUGACAGGAAACGGCUCCCGGAAAUACCUGGACCGAAGGCCUGAGCUUGGCAAAUUUUUAUUCCAUAUUUAUAUUUAUGAACUUUGAUAUUGCAUUACUCUAAAGAAUCUCAAGUUCUAGAUUACUUUCAGCAUAAUAUGACUCAAACAAAACCAUAUGAAAGUUAUUAUGCCUUCUCCAACUCCAAGCAUACCUAAAAUG